GGCCAUCAUGUGAUUGGGCAGGUCUUGGUGCCUAUCAGUGUAAACACAUGGCACAACCUGUCCCAUGCCCCUGCUUAUCUCCUUUGGGGAGAAGGGGUUGAGGUAUUUUGAGCAAAUCUCAUUGGUAAACUUGUGUAUGCAUUGCUUUUUUUUUUUUUUUUAAGAAACAUUUCCUUUCAGUUUUAGCCAUAUAACUGUGUCUGCAAGCAGUUUGUACUCAGUUUGUCAAGAGAGCAGCUUUCUGUUUUGAUUAUACACCUUCAUCUCUGAAAAAAGACAUGCUAGUUAAAUUUCAAGAUGUUUUACUUAGAAGAUGAUAAGGAAGAUGAGGAGGUUUGUAAAGGCUCAUUAAAUAAAACUCAAGAUAUUUACCAUGACAAGUCCCCUCCUGGUAUCCUGUCUCAAACCAUGAAUUAUGUGGGACAGCUGGCUGGGCAGGUGAUUGUCACUGUGAAGGAACUCUACAAGGGCAUUAACCAGGCCACCCUCUCUGGGUGCAUCGAUGUCAUCGUGGUACAGCAGCAGGAUGGCAGCUAUCAGUGUUCGCCUUUUCAUGUUCGGUUUGGAAAGCUGGGAGUCCUGAGAUCCAAAGAGAAAGUGAUUGAUAUAGAAAUCAAUGGCAAUGCAGUGGAUCUUCACAUGAAGUUGGGUGACAACGGAGAAGCUUUCUUUGUUGAGGAGACUGAAGAAGAAUAUGAAAAGCUUCCUGCUUACCUUGCCACCUCACCAAUUCCUACUGAAGAUCAGUUCUUUAAAGAUAUUGACACCCCUUUGGUGAAAUCGGGUAGAGAUGAAACACCAUCUCAGAGUUCAGACAUCUCACACGCCUUGGAAACAGAGACAAUUUUUACUCCAAGUUCUGUGAAAAAGAAAAAACGAAGGAGAAAGAAAUACAAACAGGACAGUAAGAAGGAAGAGCAGGCCGCCUCUCCUGCUGCAGAAGACACAUGUGAUGUAGGCUUGAGCUCCGACGAUGACAAGGGGGCCCAGGCAGCACGAGGAUCUUCAAAUGCUUCCUUGAAAGAAGAGGAAUGUAAAGAGCCUUUACUCUUCCAUUCUGGGGAUCAUUACCCCUUAUCUGACGGAGAUUGGUCCCCUUUAGAGACCACCUAUCCCCAGACAGCGUGUCCUAAGAGUGAUUCAGAGCUGGAGGUGAAACCUGCUGAGAGCCUGCUCAGAUCAGAGUCUCACAUGGAGUGGACGUGGGGCGGAUUCCCAGAGUCCACCAAGGUCAGCAAAAGAGAACGAUCUGACCAUCAUCCUAGGACAGCUACAAUUACACCAUCAGAAAAUACUCAUUUUCGGGUAAUUCCCAGUGAGGACAACCUCAUAAGUGAAGUUGAGAAGGAUGCUUCCAUGGAAGACACUGUCUGUACCAUAGUGAAGCCCAAACCCAGAGCCCUGGGUACACAGAUGAGCGACCCAACGUCUGUGGCAGAGCUUCUCGAACCUCCUCUUGAGAGUACUCAGAUUUCAUCUAUGUUAGAUGCAGACCACCUUCCCAACCCAGCCUUAGCGGAGGCACCCUCAGAAUCCAAACCGGCAGCUAAAGUAGACUCGCCAUCAAAGAAGAAAGGUGUUCACAAAAGAAGCCAACACCAGGGACCUGAUGAUAUUUACCUUGAUGACUUAAAGGGUCUAGAACCUGAAGUUGCAGCUCUUUAUUUCCCUAAAAGUGAAUCGGAGCCCAGCUCCAGGCAGUGGCCUGAGUCUGACACACUCUCUGGCUCCCAGUCCCCACAGUCCGUGGGAAGCGCAGCUGCAGAUAGCGGCACUGAGUGCCUCUCAGAUUCUGCCAUGGACUUGCCUGACGUUACCCUCUCCCUUUGCGGGGGCCUCAGUGAAAAUGGAGAAAUUUCGAAAGAAAAAUUCAUGGAGCAUAUCAUUACUUAUCACGAAUUUGCAGAAAACCCUGGACUUAUAGACAAUCCUAACCUUGUAAUAAGGAUAUACAAUCGUUACUAUAACUGGGCUUUGGCAGCUCCCAUGAUCCUUAGCUUGCAAGUAUUCCAGAAGAGCUUGCCUAAGGCCACAGUUGAGUCCUGGGUCAAAGACAAGAUGCCAAAGAAAUCUGGUCGCUGGUGGUUUUGGCGAAAGAGAGAAAGCAUGACCAAACAGCUGCCAGAAUCCAAGGAGGGAAAAUCUGAGGCACCGCCAGCCAGUGACCUGCCAUCCAGCUCCAAGGAGCCGGCCAGUGCCAGGCCGGCUGAGAAUGACUCCUCUAGUGAUGAGGGGUCACAGGAGCUCGAAGAAUCCAUCACAGUGGACCCCAUCCCCACAGAGCCCCUGAGCCACGGCAGCACAACUUCAUAUAAGAAGUCUCUGCGCCUCUCCUCAGACCAGAUCGCAAAACUGAAGCUCCAUGAUGGCCCAAAUGAUGUUGUGUUUAGUAUUACAACCCAGUAUCAAGGCACCUGUCGCUGUGCAGGGACCAUUUACCUGUGGAACUGGAAUGACAAGAUCAUCAUUUCUGAUAUUGAUGGGACAAUAACCAAGUCGGAUGCUUUGGGACAGAUUCUCCCACAGCUGGGCAAAGACUGGACUCACCAGGGUAUAGCAAAGCUCUACCAUUCCAUCAAUGAGAACGGCUACAAGUUUCUGUACUGCUCGGCCCGUGCCAUUGGCAUGGCUGACAUGACCCGUGGCUACCUGCACUGGGUCAAUGACAAGGGCACAAUCUUGCCCCGGGGCCCCCUGAUGCUGUCCCCCAGCAGCUUGUUCUCCGCCUUCCACAGAGAAGUGAUAGAAAAGAAACCAGAGAAGUUCAAAAUUGAGUGUCUAAAUGAUAUCAAGAAUCUGUUUGCCCCGUCCAAGCAGCCCUUCUAUGCUGCCUUUGGAAACCGUCCAAAUGAUGUCUAUGCCUACACACAAGUUGGAGUUCCAGACUGUAGAAUAUUCACCGUGAACCCCAAGGGUGAAUUAAUACAAGAAAGAACCAAAGGAAACAAGUCAUCGUAUCACAGGCUGAGUGAGCUCGUGGAGCAUGUGUUCCCCCUUCUCAGUAAGGAGCAGAAUUCCGCUUUUCCCUGCCCGGAGUUCAGCUCCUUCUGCUACUGGCGAGACCCGAUCCCUGAAGUGGACCUGGAUGACCUGUCUUGAGGUGGCACCUCAGUGGGUGGGCAGGGCUUGGUCCCCCUCCCAACAGCAAGGGAAGGCAGCUGGCUCUUCUGCUGACCUCAGAUACCAGCCUUCCCCAGCAGGGACAGGUGCUCCUGGAGCUGGUCCCGCCAUCCUCCUUUGCUUUCCCAGGCCGGCUGCUCAGGCUCGGCAGGUCUGCACCUCAGCUCCUGGAAGGAGAAGGGAGGAACUGGGCGUGGGGCUGGAGGCCUGGGAUCCCUCCUUCGUGGGUCACACACGUUUGCUGCUGUGAGCUGGGGGCUCCUUCCAUUGCAUCAUUUUAAAGGGAGAAAAAAGCAGCUAAAAAAGAGUGGACCAAAACACUGCACACAGUGAAGUGUUCCAGUUUCCACUGGGCAGUUGAGGUGGCUUCUGUAACCAGGGCUGUCUUCAGAUGUCAGGGUCCCUGAAGCGCUGCGGGCCCAGUCAGUGAUGCUGGCUGAAGCUGCCUGUGCACGUUUCUUCUCUGGGCACCUCAUUUCCCGCUACACUGAAGGGGUCAACUGCUCCAGUGGGCCAAGUUGGGCACGACCCCUGCCCCCGCAGGGCCCAUGCACCAGAGCCACUGAGCCCAGUCCCAUAAACCUGGCCCUCUUUGGGGAAAGAUCCCCACAGAGCAUCCUCCUCUCAUCUGUGACAACUCCACAAGCCCUUAAUUUCUUAGACCUCACCAGAAGAACAGGUCUCACAAGUAUAUAUUUGAUGUCUGUAAUAAAAGUGGGAAGGUGGGUCUUAAAACAGACCAAACCCCGCCCUGCCCCCAACAACUCUGCUUUUAGGGAGGCCUCAGAAAUGCAGAUAGGCGGUUGAGUGGGGUCCUGGGAAGAGCGCUGGAUCCCUCUUCUUGCUGCCUGGUGUGGGCCUUUGGAAAGCGUCUUGCCUUGGAACAGGAUUUCUAAAAUUCUGUGAUUCAGAUUUUCAGGGAAGUACAGUGAAGCUUGCUUAAAGGCACUGGCUAGCAGUGUGUGACUUUGGCUUUUGGAAUCACACCCUGUAAUCAGGCCCGUGGAAGCAGUGUCAAAGAGGGGUCUCGGAGCUCCUAUGGAGCAGACUGCCCCCCCCCGCCCCCCACCCCAAGCAGUGUCCCCAGCCUAGCCCUGUGAGACCCCAUGGGGACACGGGUGCCUAUGUAUUUUCACUAAAAUGUACAUGGUAGCUCCAUUUACUGAUGUGGUUGUAAUGAACUCACAUCAUGUCUGAAGAGAUGGCACCAGGGAAAGGUGUGCCAUAAGCUGCUGCAGAGCUUUUGGUAUGCUGAGUGUUGACAGAGCUGCACUGUUAACAUUGAGAGAACCGUCAGGAGCCCAGAACCAACCCCAGGUCUUGGUCUUCAUUGGCGAGAACACAGGACGUGGUGGUUCCUGAGCAGAGAGGGAUCUGCAGAUACAGGCUUGGUGCGCGGGGUGGUCUCAUGGCCAACUCUUCAUGCCCCUGCCAUUGUAGUGGAACCUCUACAUGUUUUAGUUUGCUUCACCUAAAAUAAUGCUGAUCUAGAGAUAGAGAAAUAGGGGUGGUUAUUUUUCCAGAUUGGAGAGUUGAAAGUCCCUGACUGAUUUCAGCCGUUUUUCCUAGUGCUGUCGGAUGCAGAGACAAUGUUGAAAUCCCCUAAACACAGUUCUCAGUGGCAAAACCUAGGAAGGCUCAUUCAUGUUCCCAGAGAAGGGACCACAUGAGCCUUCUCCCGAGCGAAGCUUCCCCCAGCUUAAAUAGUUCAUAAGGACUAAUUCUUUAAUGAGUUUCUUUAUCUACAGUAGGUUAGGGAUCUUGGGUUCUGUUUAUAUGAAGUUCUACCUAGUUUGUGAAUUCUAAUACAGCAGCCGUGCAGCCACCUUAUUUCAUAGAUGCCAUCUGUGUGUCCUCUUGACUGCCUUCUAUUUAGAGGAAGAAUGAGAGCUUUAUGUGUUUAACUGAGCUUAUAGUAGGACUUCUUUGCAUAUGUAUGGUACUGAAAAAUCUUAGUAUACAUCUUUAAUCCUUUUUAGGUUGUCCUUUAAAGAGUUUUUGACUAGUUUCUUUUUCUUGACAGCUCUUCUCUUUGGACACAUGGGCCUUCUUAGAGGGUUCAGUCUAGGACCCGGCUCUCCUGGCCCUGUGUUGAGGGUAGCUGCUCCCUCUGUCCCUGUGUCUGCUUGCACUAGACUUUGUUGCUGCAGAUUGAUCCAGUGGGUACAUAGGCUAAUUAAUGUGAGUGUUUUGCCUUGUUUAAAGGAGUCCCUCUUGCUGAAAGUAGAUGAUUACUAUUGCUGUAGUGUUAGGAAAGUAUUAAGUUUGUGCUGAAAAUCCAUUGCCAUUUGGUACAAAUGACAUUUGUUCUUUCUGUGAAAGAGAUGCCCUCGAGUGUGUUUGUACACAAACCCUUAGGAUGGUGAGUUGAAGCAUCACCCUCGCACUAUCUUCAGUGACGGGUGACGGCUCAGGGAGAUGGCAGGCAGAUUGGGCUCCAAGUCAUUAUUCUCUCAGUUACUGCAUUGGUGAAAUGGCCCUUUCCCUCUUUGCAGUUCAGUCUAAGUCUCGUAUUUGCUUUGCUGUCUGUGUGCUGAAGCUCGUCCUGUGUGAGUUGCUGUCUGCCUCUUGUCAGGCUGUGAGGUGCUCGUGUAGACCUGGAGCAUGCAGGCUGCCUCCGUUUUUGGGUACUGUGUUGUGUUUUGCUCUAAAAACAUCUGCAUAGUUUUCAACUGGAAAAAGAAAAAACUUAAAAAUGGGGUGUCCUAAAAUGAAAGCUGCUCAAAGUCACAGAACAACCGAGGGACAAAGGAGAUUGGAUGACUGGGAAGCGCUGGCCCGGAACAGCCCCUGCAACUGUGGGGCCUGCACACAGCCCUUCCACAGUUGGCACUGUGCGUGCAGGCCAGCCCUUUAAAGAAUAAACAAGGAAGUUGGCUCUUUCACUUUUUACAAGUUGGAAAAAACAGACUUCCAGGGAAUUUCAUCUUUUUAUCAUCCUAUGAUGUUUUCCCAUGUUUUAGAGCUUCCAGGGUUUAAUAAAACUGGUUAAAAAUUGGGUCUUUCCCUGAAGUAAGUGUUCUUUCCAGGUGAAAACUACUCUCUUGGUUUUGUUUGAAAGUAAGAAAGGGAGGGGAAACUUUGCUCUUUUAAUAAUUAUGUUCAGCCUAUGAUGAAGUAUUUGAUUAUUAGACAGCAAUGUCACUAAUAAGUUGUAAGUUGUCCAAAGUUAAUUGUAAACAUCAGUACAGUACUCUUAGUUACAGUAAAGCAAUUGUCGCAAGAUGAAUGGCUAAUAUUUUGGUGCAGUGUUUGAUGUUCAAAACAAAAUGUUACAACAAUAAACGAACAUAAACUGAA